CGCAUGCGCGUUUAAUGUCUACGUCAGCUCUUCUCUACUAACAAGCUGCCUGAAAGCUACGUGGCUCUCACUCCUCUGACAGCCUUCUCAUCAAACACGACCUCAGAAACAGCCUAAACACCAUGGAUCAGGUAAUGCAGUUUGUUGAGCCCAGCCGGCAAUUCGUCAAGGAUUCCAUAAGGCUCGUAAAAAGAUGCACAAAACCCGACAGAAAAGAAUUCCAGAAGAUUGCCAUGGCCACAGCGAUUGGAUUUGCCAUCAUGGGUUUCAUUGGUUUCUUUGUGAAACUCAUUCACAUCCCCAUCAACAACAUCAUUGUUGGUGGUUAAAUCCUGGUCAAGAACAAAAAAAAAAAAACGCAAACUUCAAUACGUAUGGACUGGAGAUGGAUCUGUAAAGUGUUAUUGGGCUGGUGUGAUUGGGACUGAAGGGAUGGCAUUUUUACAUUCUGUGCACAACAUUUGUAUUUUGCUGUGUAAAUAAAACAAAUGAAAACCCACA